AGCCGGCGCUCGUUUGACGGAUAUCCUGAGAAGUCGCAAGUUUUCGUAGAAAUGCUGCUUUAUGCCCGCUGCUCAUAGUGCUUACAUGCUUUGACUUCCCUUUUUUCCUCUCAUAAUACACAGGUCAUCAGUUCACCGAGCUCUGCCCGCUGACGAGAGAUUGGGCGGCACUAAUUCACAAUUUCUUGGAUGCUGAUUACAUCUGUGGAUAUUUUAGUAAAGUCCUUCUUCCUCCGCACGUUCAUCAGCCGCAGCCCGACCGAAAGCGAUUCCGGUUCCCGGAUUCCCUCGAAAUACGAUAAGCGAGCGAGAUCCGCGGCGCGCAUCCAGAGGAAUAUAUACAUCAUUAUUCUACGUCUGGUCUCUCUUUUCGGCACGCUCUGAAUUUACAGGCAGAAUCGAGCUCCCGCACCAGCUCGUCUAUAGCUGGACAGGCUUAAUCAUGGCUGCACUCGACACUUUGGACAUCGUUGUUCUUUUGGUUUUGCUCCUUGGAACCGUCGCUUACUUCACGAAGGGCACAUACUGGGCGGUCAAGAAAGACCCAUACUCAGCGGUCCUCGCAAAUGGCGCAGCACUCAAAGCCGGCAAGAGCAGGAAUAUCCUGGAGAAAAUGCAGGAGAGUGGGAAGAACUGUGUCGUCUUCUAUGGCUCACAGACUGGUACCGCGGAAGAUUACGCAUCACGGCUGGCCAAGGAGGGCUCUCAGCGAUUUGGCUUGAAGACAAUGACCGCUGACCUCGAAGAAUACGACUAUGAAAACAUGGAUCAGUUCCCCGAAGACCACAUCGCCUUCUUCAUUCUCGCCACAUACGGAGAGGGCGAGCCGACCGACAACGCGGUCGAGUUCUACGAAUUUUUCAAGGGAGAUGACAUUUCAUUCAGCGAAAAGACCAGCGACGAUGCUCCUCUGUCGUCCCUGAAGUACGUCGCUUUCGGUCUCGGCAACAACACCUACGAGCACUACAAUUCCAUGGUACGCGAUGUGGACAAGAUCUUCACAAAGCUCGGCGGAACUCGUAUCGGCACUGCAGGAGAAGGCGAUGAUGGUGCUGGCACCAUGGAAGAGGACUUUUUGGCCUGGAAAGAGCCGAUGUGGGCUGAUCUCGCCCAGAGCAUGGGUCUUGAGGAACGAGAGGCCGUGUACGAGCCCGUCUUCGAGAUCACCGAGAAGCCUGAGCUCAGUAUCGAGGACACCACGGUCUACCUUGGUGAGCCGAACAAAAACCACCUCGAGGGCCUCUCCAAGGGACCUUACAACGCGCACAACCCGUUCAUCGCCCCAAUCGUCGAGUCUUACGAGCUUUUCAAUGACAAAACCCGGAACUGCCUGCACCUUGAGGUUGACAUCUCUGGGUCGAACUUGUCGUACACCACGGGCGAUCACAUUGCAGUUUGGCCCAACAACUCUGGAAUGGAAGUUGAUCGAUUUUUGAAGGUCAUCGGAUUUACAGACAAGAAGGACACCGUUAUCGGUGUGAAGGGAUUGGACGCGACCGCCAAAGUGCCAUUCCCGGUUCCUACUACGUACGAAACUAUCCUCCGGUACCAGCUAGAAAUUGGCGCUCCCGUUUCCAGACAGUUCGUUGCUACCCUUGCGCAAUUUUCGCCAAGCGAGAAUAUCAAGGAAGAGUUGGCCAAAAUUGGAGGCGACAAGGAUGUGUUCGCGGAGCAGGUCACCAAGAAGAAUUUGAACAUCGCCCAAUUUCUCAACCACAUUGGCAAAGGCGCAGUCUGGGACAAAAUUCCUUUCUCUUUGUGGAUUGAGGGGUUGAACAAGAUCCAGCCCCGUUACUACUCUAUUUCGUCCUCUUCAUUGGUGCAGAAGAACAAGAUUUCGAUCACAGCCAUCGUCGAGUCCGUCGAGACCGCAGGCGCGCCACACGUUGUCAAGGGAGUCACCACGAACUAUCUCUUCGCCCUCAUGUUGAAGCAAGCCGGUGUUGCCAAUCCCGAUCCUAACGGUCUCAACUACGCUAUCACCGGCCCGCGCAACAAGUACGACGGUAUCCACGUCCCAGUUCACGUCCGCCACGCCAACUUCAAGCUGCCUUCAGAUCCUAGCAAGCCCAUCAUCAUGGUCGGUCCGGGUACCGGUGUUGCGCCUUUCCGCGGAUUCGUCCAGGAGCGUGCGCACCAAGCUGCGAAUGGCGAGAACAUUGGCAAGACUGUCCUCUUCUUCGGAUGCCGCAACAGUGAGCAAGAUUUCAUCUACAAGAAGCAGUGGGAGCAAUGGUCAAAGGAAAUGAACGGCCAAUUCGAGCUCAUCACAGCCUUUUCCCGCGACGGUCCCAAGAAGGUUUACGUGCAACAUCGCCUGAAGGAACGCGGCGCCGAGAUCGACGCCCUCCUCCAGCAGCGCGCAUACUUCUACGUCUGCGGUGACGCUGCCAACAUGGCACGCGAGGUCAAUGACACAUUGGCUCAAAUCAUCGUCGAGCAGAGAGGCGUAGACAAGAAAAAGGCGGAUGACAUCGUCAAGGGCAUGCGGGCGAGCGGACAAUACCAGGAGGAUGUUUGGUCAUAAAACGUGGACGAGAAAGAGUUUGUCUCGUUGUCAUUUAAGGAGUCGCGCGAAGAAGGUCUAAGCACAAAGACAUAGAGAUGCAGGUGGUCCACGCUACACAGCCGCCAUCACAGCGAUACGGUCGUCAUUGGAACUCGAGUACCCAUGUUAACGCUCAGUGCUCGUCGAACGUCCCCCGGAUCACACAUCGUUUUGGGGGUGAACGGAAUUCCGUUGUUACAUUUUUUGGACAUCUUGGACACUUUGGCACCAGAUUGCGCGGGGUUCCGGGUUUUUCCACUUUUGGUUUCUGCGCCAUAGAGAGAGAGGUUGUCAUUUACUAAGUUUUCGAAAUGAACAAAUUUAUUCUAG